UGCCUUUUUUUAAAAGCUUUCAAUUCUGUCAUUUUGCUUUCUGGUACGGUGUCUUUACUCUCUUCCCUUUCUCCGAGAGAAGUGAAGCAAAACCAGAGAUGGAGUGAAGUGAAGAGGCAAAUUCUGAGUUUUGUUUUCAGUUUUUUCUUCAUGGGUUCAAGCAGUUUUGGGGUCUCCUUUGACACUUAAAUUUUCUUACUCAUACUCAAAAGGUUUUGUGGGUUACCAGCACAAUAAAAUGGAUUCCAUUGAGGCUGCUAAAGUUGUACAUGACAGAAUAAUGAAAUUAGAACCUGAACAUGAUGUUGCUAGGAAGAUAGUUGGAUAUAUUUACUUACAUGACUUCCCUGAUCAAGAGAUGAUAAGAUUAGCUCUGGGACCUGACCAAUUAAUCCGUAGUUUGGUACAGAAAGCGAAGGCUGCGCUAAUGUUAGGCUCGACACCAGUUCCGUCUCCUCCAAUUUCACCUAAUAUGAAUCCUACUCCUAUUUCAGAUCAUUCUCUUCAAUAUACCACUUUUUCACCUGCUUCCCCUCGGCGCUUUUCAUCUCCUGCUGCUUUCCGGGUUUCAGCUUCAUACUGGGAACGCCAAUUAGCCACUGACCAACAGCCUUUGAGUAAUGGGGAUUUUAUACCAGUAACUUAUCCUGAUUCAGUCCCUGAUGAUCAUAGGUUCGAAAAUCAGUUUCUGGGCAUGGAAGAACAGCUAGAACCAGUGAGCCUAAGAAAUUUGGAUUUUCCUGGUGAUUUUUAUUACCCUGAAGCUGCAUUUUGCAAUGCAAAUGGUGGAGGCAGCAGGGUUCCUCUUAGCCAACUUGAGUUUCCAAUCAAGACUUGUCACUAUUUCAACAGGGGGUUUUGUAAGCAUGGCAGUAAUUGUAGGUACUUUCAUGGACAACCGUUUCCAGAUAGCUAUCCUCAAGUUUUUGGCCCUAGUUCAAAUGAGAAUGCUUAUGAAGAUCAACUGUUGUCGCCUGGUUCCCUUGAAAAAUUGGAAUUCGAAAUCACAGAGCUCUUGAAAUGUAGAAGAGGGAACCCAGUUUCAAUUGCAUCACUGCCGAUGAUCUACUAUGAAAAAUAUGGGAGAACUCUUCAGGCUGAAGGAUAUCUGACUGAGAGCCAGAGACAUGGUAAAGCUGGUUAUAGUUUGACAAAACUGCUUGCUCGAUUGAAGGGCAGUAUUCGCCUGAUUGACAGGCCUCAUGGACAGCAUGCAGUGAUACUGGCUGAAGAUGCACCAAAGUACAUGGAAUCGCGGGGUGAAAAAAAUGAUCCUGGUCCAAUUGUUAGUGGUUCACGACAAAUAUAUCUAACAUUUCCAGCUGAGAGCACUUUUUCAGAGGAAGAUGUCUACAAUUACUUCAGUACUUUUGGCCCAGUUCAAGAUGUUAGAAUUCCUUGUCAGCAGAAACGGAUGUUUGGUUUUGUAACUUUUGGUAGUGCUGACACUGUCAAGAUGAUUUUGUCAAAAGGGAAUCCACAUUAUGUUUGUGGUGCUCGUGUUCUUGUGAAACCCUACAGGGAAAAGUCAAAGCUUGUUGACAGGAAGUUUCCAGAGAAGCUUGAGUCUCCAAUGUGCUACCAUCUGGACCACAUAAAUAUGGAUUCUGAGCUUCAAGCUAGAUGGCAUUCACCCAGAGUCAGAAAAAUUCAAGGGCAGGAGCAGGAGCAACAGGUCAUUGAAUUGGAGAGACGCAUGUCACAGUUAAAAUUAGCAAGAAAACCUCUUGCCAGUCGAUCUUUUUUUGGCCAUUCCAUGGAUGAACUAAAACUUUCAGAAGAUUGUUUUAAGCUUUCAUUGCCAGAGAACUAUAAUCAUUUUCUGGAUGUUUUGAGUUACGGAUCAACAAGUGAUGAUAACCUAAAACGUCGUGGCACUAACUUUACUGAUCAAGGGAGCAAUGAAGGUUUGAAUCUCCCUGACAGCCCAUUUGAAUUGCCGGUAGCAAGCAGCAUUUCUUCUGUUAUAUAGGCACUGAGAGUUGAACUACUGGUCCUGGAAGGCAGUAUCUUUUCUUUGACAGAGUACAGCUAUUAGUCAGGUUUCCAAAUUGUCGUUUGGAUUUACAAAACAUAGUUUGCAUCAAGUACAGUUUAGCAAAGGAAGGAUCAUCAAAGGCAUGUCCUCUAGGAAAGAAGAAUGACACCGAGAAUAUGUAGAAGUUCUACAGGUUUUUCUUUUCUUUAUAUAUUUCAAUCUUAGUCACAGAAAAAGGAAGAGGUCUUGAAUAUCUAGAAGUCGAAAUGUAAUAUAGCUUUAGAUGAAACAAGCUAAGUAUAUAUGGCAGGUUUCAGAGAGGUGAAUAUAGUAUUAGAAUCUGUGACCUAGAAAUAGACUAAACAACUACAAACCGAAGUGCUGGUGGCAUAUUUUCAACUAAUUGAUGAAGAUCAGUUUGCUAUUUAGUGUUGUCU